AUGCCCAUGGGCGCAACUAACGCACCUAAGCAUUUUCACGCAACCAUGGGAACCAUACUUAAGGAUCUACCGUUUGCCGAACACUUGAGAUUCUAUCAAGACGACAUUUUCAUAGCAGCCGACAAUCGACAAGAGCUAAACUACAGAUACAACCGCACCAAACAAUAUUUAACGACGUACGGCUUCAAGGUUAACCCAAAGAAAAGUCAAAUACAAUGCACCAAUAUACUCGGCUACGAACUAUCGAACCACUCGUUAACGAUACCAACAAAGAAAUGGCAAACCAUACAAUACUUGAUUGACACUAACAUGCACACGAACAUUACUCGAGCAGCGCAAAUACUACAAUACUAUAAGCACGCACUAACCACUGCGCAACAAAGAAUCGUCACUAAAUUACUACAACAGAAAGACUUAACUUAUCACAAGGCAGUAACAACCUAA